GCACCAGCCAAUCAGAACCCGCCUCUCAUCCGCCCAUUCAUCCGCCUCGACCAAUGGCGUCGCGCGUUACGGGCGCCGCCGCCGUAAGAGCACCCACGUCUCCUUUCCGCCGCUGACUCGCUAUUCGUCAGGCAGUUCGACCGUACACGUCCAGCAAAAGCACAGCCAUGGGUGACGUCCAGAAGGGAAAGAAGCUGUUCGUGCAGCGGUGCGCGCAGUGCCACACGGUGGAGGCCGGCGGCAAGCACAAGACGGGCCCCAACCUGCACGGCCUCUUCGGGCGCCAGACGGGGCAGGCACCAGGCUACGUGUACACCGACGCCAACAAGUCCAAGGGCAUCACCUGGGGCGCCGACACCCUCGACGUGUACCUGACCAACCCCAAGAAGUACAUCCCCGGCACCAAGAUGGUGUUCGCCGGCCUCAAGAAGAAGGGCGAGCGAGCGGACCUGAUCGCCUACCUGGCCGAGGCAACGUCCUAAGGGGAGGAGGAAGCCAGGCGAACGGAGAGAGAGGAGACAAAGGGAGAGAACGCGUCCCGGGGUUUCCUCCUUCGGCCCAGUUCAACGGAUUUUGUAAAAUCAACCAGUGAAGAAAAAUAGUUAACUUUUUGUAAAAGAAUGAACAGACCGAAUGUGCAGACCGAGAAUGCCAUAGGAAAGUGGAGGUCGUUUCCCGAGCGCAAUCACGCAGGAAGUUCAUUAAUGAUCAUCUCACUGUUUCUCUCUCGCAUUCUCUGAAAUGUAAAUAGCGUUUCUUCCCCCUCAGACCGGCUGACAAGGCCUCUCAUUUUUAUAUAUAUGUAUAAAACCGAAAGGAAAAUGAUGAGGAAUCGAGACUGUUUCAGUUUUGAAGAACCUCGGUUUAUUUUUCUCUUCAUUUUUCCCUUCCUCGUACAGUAGAAAGCGGGAGUCCAGUCAGUUUCCCUUUUAACUUAUUUCGUUUUCAUCGCGAACAGAAUGGUUGCCAGGCGUCGCCACGGCGCGAGGCGAUGUUCAACUGGAAUUGUUUUCAUUCCAUUAAUUUUAAUUUUCCAUCAAAUACAUGUAUAGUGAAAAAGUUCA